AUGGCUUUGGGUGAGCUUAUCAAGCGUAUGUUGCACGCGAACGAUUGGCAGUCGAUAGUUGACUUGAAUUAUGGGAAGCUUGAGGAUGAGGUAGAGCGCACCCUCUUAACGUCUGCACGCGCUCAGGAAGCAACUGUCCCCCAUCAUCUCUUUAAGCUUGUCUUCUCUUUCUACAUGAAGAGAAACGAUUUCGAAGGCGCGGCACGUGCUCAAUAUGAAUACGCAUUCGUUCUACGUACUCAGGCUGAGCAGACACCGGAGUUGCUAAGAAAAAGGCGAGACGCCCUCGCUGUGGCAUCUACUCUUCUAGAUCUUUUGCCAGAAAAUGACCGAUUCAUAUCAUUCCCAUCAGAGGUAUUCGAUUUCUCAAUUUCCAUUCCAUUUGAAUACGUUUUACAUUUUUCAUGCAACUACGUUAACUUGAAUCGCCAAAACUCAAACUUGGUAUGGGCUACGUCAAUUUGA